AUGAUGCUAGCGGCUGACCCGGGUUGUCGACAUAUCAGAACCGUGUACUGCUAUGCCGGACCCGCUGAUAUGUUCAACAAAUACCUACAGUUGGGUGAAACAACUGCUCUGACGGCGCUGAGGCAGUUUUGUAAUUGUAUCCAGGCCAUCUUCGGUCCGGAGUAUCUACGGAAGCCAAAUGCCGAUGAGUGCCAGAGAUUGAUAGAUAUGCACGGGCGAGUGCAUAAUUUUCCGGGGAUGAUGGGCAGCAUCGAUUGCAUGCACUGGGAGUGGAGGAACUGCCCGGUUGCUUGGAAGGGGCAGUUCACAUCUGGAUUCAAAGGAAGACACCCAACAAUGAUACUGGAAGCUGUUGCUGACUACCGACUGCGAAUCUGGCAUGCCUAUUUUGGUGUCGCAGGGUCGACCAACGACAUCAACGUACUAGAUUCGUCUCAUCUCUUCAAUGAUGAGUGUCGGGGUGAGGGUCCGACGGUCAGAUUCAUGGCCAACGGGUCGCAGUACAACAGGGCAUACUACUUAGCCGAUGGGAUAUACCCUCGUUGGCCCGUGUUUGUCAAGACGAUCCGGCAGCCGGUUGGGCCGAAACAAUCCUAUUUUGCAGCCAAACAAGAGAGUGCUAGGAAGGACGUUGAGCGUGCUUUUUGUAUCCUCCAAUCGCGAUGGGCCAUUCUUCGGUGCCCGGUUCGACAAUGGCACGAAAAUGGUGUCGCCUCCAUCAUGUAUGCAUGUAUCAUUGAAGUGUCUUCUUUUGGUUCUUUCCCUAGUUUUUCGUAUGUAAUUUAG